AUGUCUACAAAUGAUACAACUGAUACAACUGAUACAACUGAUAACUGCAGAGUGGACAAUAAUGUCACGUAUACAAAUCUCUCCUGGGUGAUGUAUGGAGAGUUCGCCCUGGGUCUGCCGCUCAACCUGUCGGUCCUCUUCAUCUUCAUCUUCAGAUUCAAGUUCUGGAAGAACAAAAGCAUCCUGCUCUUCAACAUCGUGGUGGCUGACUUCCUGCUGGUGGUGUGUCUCCCGGUCCGGGCCUACUACUACCAGGUCGGCCUGCGGCGCAGCGAGGACAACGGCGUGUGCAAGGUCAUGCUCUUCAUGCUCUUCCUCAACCGAGGAGCCAGCAUCACCUUCCUCAUCACGCUGACCAUCGACCGCUACUUCAACGUGGUCCACCUGGGGAGGAGGAACUUUGUCCGAGUGCUGAAGAAGUCUCCCCAGUUCUCCAUCAUCAUCUGGGUCCUGCUGCUGCCGCUCACCGUGCCCACCAUGCUGCAGAAAGACGGCUGCUGCAACAGCUUCGGACGAAACACCACAGAAGAGGACGUGGUGGACACAUUGAGAGAGGUGGUCUUCUUCUCUGAGAUCCUCAUCCCCUUCGUCAUCCUGGUCUACUGCACGGUGCGCAUCGUCCACCGGCUCCGGAAGAAGACCGUCGGGGAGAAGGCCAAACUGAGGAGAGCCGUGUGGCUGGUCAUGUCCGUGGCCGUGGUCUUCUCCAUCUGCUUCCUGCCGUGCGCUGUGGCCCGGGCCGUGCUGCUGAGCGUCCGGAGGAAGAACUUACAGGAAAUGGAGAAAGCCGUGGUGCAGGUGUACGACGGCCUCAUGGUUCUGUCGUACACCGACUGCCUGCUGGACCCGCUGGUCUACUGCCUGAGCAACACGGGGUUUAAAAACGCUUACAUCUCCACCUUCUGCCCCACGUUCCUGCAGAAGAGGCUGAAGAAACACGACAUCAGCUCAACGACAGGAACCAACACGGUUACGACCUCUGCAGCCAGAAAAAUCUCACUGCCGUUAUCAGGCAAGGGAAUUGUUCUUCUGCCGAAACUGUGA